CUGUCAAUUGGAGCGCAACUCGCACGUGAAUUCUCUGCGCGAAAACGAAUUGAAAAUACACAAAAACCAUGGACAAACCAGUUGUUUGGGCACGCGUGAUGAAAGUUCUUGGCCGCACCGGCUCCCAGGGCCAGUGUACACAGGUCAAAGUGGAAUUCCUCGGCGAGCAGAACCGUCAAAUCAUUCGCAACGUGAAGGGACCCGUCCGCGAGGGAGAUAUUCUGACACUGCUCGAAUCUGAACGCGAAGCCAGACGACUUCGCUAGGAGUCGCUAGCAGCCAAUCGCUUGAGAUUUGUUUAAAAUAUGUUCUUCUACAUUUUGGCAAUUUCCUCGCGAGGCUGCCGAGGUUUUGGAAAACAAUAUAAACAAUAUACAAACAGAAUUACACAACACCAAA